GGCGGAAGUGUCGUUUCUACACCCGCCGCCGAGGAAGCACCGAUUGGGAUACAAGAAGUUAGAGAGCGAGAGAAUCUACGAGAAAGAUGGCAAACAUUUGCAUCGACAGUUUGAUCCUGAAGCUCCACGAUGUGGACGGGGUGAAGUUCGGGGAGUACAAGCUGAAGAGCGGCCUGCUGACGCCCAUUUACAUCGACCUGAGGGUCCUCGUGUCGCACCCUGCGCUCAUGAACCAGGUGUCAAGUCUCAUGUACCAGCGUGUGCAAGACGAGGGGCUGCAGUUUGACUCCGUGUGUGGGGUUCCGUACACGGCCCUGCCCCUGGCCACGAUCAUCUGCUCCAGACACGAACUGCCCAUGCUCAUCAGACGCAAGGAGGCCAAGGACUACGGGACCAAGCGUCUGGUGGAGGGGUCGAUCCGUGCCGGGGACACGUGUCUGAUCAUCGAGGACACCGUGACCAGCGGCGCCAGCAUCUUGGAGACUGCCGAAGUGCUAUACAAAGAGGGACUUAAGGUGACGGAUGCCAUCGUCCUCAUGGACCGAGAGCAAGGUGCCGCGAAGAUGUUGGCCUCUAAGGGGAUCCGGCUCCAUCCAAUCAUCUCCAUGUUCAAGCUGCUCAAUGUGCUGCAGGCCGCCGAGCGCAUCGACAGCCAAACUGCCCAGAGUGUCCGCAAGUUCAUCCUGGACAACGACACUUUCAGGCCCGGCGAGGAGAACGGCAACGGAGCCCCCGCCACCAAGAAGCCAUGUGUGCAGCAGAACCCGGAGCUGAGCUAUGCAGACAGAGCUGAACUACCAAACGUUCACCCUCUGGCAUCGAAGCUGCUCAGGCUCAUGGAGGAGAAGCAGUCGAACCUCUGCCUGUCCGCCGACGUGACCAGCAGUGAGGAGCUUCUCCAGCUGGCCGACUCUCUGGGUCCCAAGAUCUGCGUGCUGAAGACGCACGUGGACAUCCUCAAGGACUACACUGUGGCCCUCAGCCAGAAACUGCAGGCUUUGGCCGAGAAACACAACUUCCUCAUCUUUGAAGAUCGCAAGUUUGCUGACAUCGGGAACACAGUCAGGCAUCAGUACGAAGGUGGUUUGUACCAGAUCUCCUCUUGGUCUCACAUCGUGAAUGCCCACGCGGUGCCGGGGCCCGGGGUGGUCAAGGGUCUGAGCGCCGUCGGAAAGGCUCUGGGUCGCGGCUGUUUGCUCAUUGCGCAAAUGAGCUCCAAGGGAUCGUUGGCAACCGGCGAGUACACAAAGGCCACGCUGAAGAUGGCAGAGGAGCAGUCGGACUUCGUGAUCGGCUUCAUCUGUGGAUCCAAGAUCGCCAACAGGCCAGAGUUCAUUCACAUGACCCCCGGGGUGCAGAUGCUGGCUGGAGGUGAUGGGCUGGGCCAGCAGUACACCACCCCAGAGGAAGUUAUCAACAACAAAGGCUCUGAUGUCAUUAUCGUGGGACGGGGUGUCUUGGAGGCUCCCAAUAGGCUAAAAGCUGCCGAGUCAUACAGAAAGUCAGGCUGGGAUGCUUAUGCAAAGCGACUGGGCCGGAGCGGCCAAUAGGAGCUCAGGAGUGGCAACCGCAACAUUACAUCUAAUUACAAGUGUGAAUUACAACUUUGGAAGUAUUUUUUUUACAUUGUCCAGAUAAAGCGGUUCUCACAGGAUUGUGUACAUAGAAACACAGAUACAUGUGCAUCUGUACUAUAUACCACACUUUCACAUUGAAAUGCAAUACAUGUCCCUACACAUGUGGACAGUGUGAUUCUCUUCUGUUAAUAAGCUGCAAGACCUGACAUCUGAUCUGUUGAGUGAAUUUCUGACUGGUUUUAAAACAUAUUUGCUCACGAAAAAAAAAAACUACAAUCUAUAUCAAUCAUGGUUCCGUUCCUUUGACAAAGAUGACCACUUCCAGUGUGUGGGGGGGAAGCCAUACUUUGUCUGCGUAUGCUUCUUGUUCUGUUGCUGAAACACUAAACCAGGAUUUGAGGUACAAAUGCUAGUACUUUUUAAUCACUUUCUUUUAAAAUUUGGGGCUUUAUUUUUUUCAGCACAGAGUUGAGCAUCGAGAUCUGUGCUAGUUACGGAGGCUUUUAUUUUGAACUCCAGCUUCACUAUAUAUCAGUAUUAAGCUGAUUUAUCAAACAUAGGCCAAACAUAAAGAUUUAUUUAUUUUGUGAAAAGGGAAAAACGCCCUAUGUUAUGAAUUUACAGGUGAACUGCUAAAGGAUGGCUGUCGAUAUACUGUACCUUGAAGAGAACACGACAGAACGGCCCGCUCGAGAAGAUGUCAGGCUUUUCCAGCAGUUGUAUGAUCAGUGUACUCCCUCCGAUCUACUGUGAACCACAAAAUGAGAGUUUGCUGACUGGGGCCAGAUUCCUCUCAUCGUAACUGUCCCUCCAACGUCCUUAAUGUAAAAUGAUAAGACAUUUAGUUGAGGGAAUCCUCAACUAAAUGUCACGUGAUGUAUUAUAGUGUCUAGAUUAGAAGUUGUUAGCCAUUGGUUAUUACUCAAGUUGAUGAACACCUGCAGUGUGACCCCUCCCUUUAAAAGAAAGAAACUUGUAGACAGAGUCCUGGGGACAUGACCGUUGUGCAGUUACAACUGUACAUGCAACGAAAGGGCUUUGCGGUAUAAACUGGAGGUAUCCUUCAUUUAAUGCAUGUGAAGUGUCUUGUCCUACAGAACCUUGUUUGGCUUUUGAUGCAGUGUCUAUUUUCUUUUGUAAAGUGAAAUUAAUACUUCAAUAAAUCUUGUUAUAAAGACA